AUGAGCGCCCCGACGAACAAGCCCUCCCACGUCCAGUACGACCAGCUGUCGUUCUUGAUCCUCGACGCCCCCAACGACUCGAACCUGCCCUUGUACCUCAAGGAGUUCAAAAAGUACCAGGUCACCGACAUUGUGCGCGCCUGUGAACCGACAUACUCGGAUGCGACCGUCGAGGCCGCGGGCUUCCGUGUGCACGAGAUGGAGUUUCCGGACGGCGAGCCGCCGAGCCAAGAAAUCAUCCAGAAGUGGCUCGUCCUUGUCGAGCAGACGAUGAAAGACAAUGCAACGAAUAACGCGGGCACGCAUCAGUCAGACAAGACUGUGGCAGUGCACUGCGUCGCAGGUCUGGGCCGUGCCCCUGUUCUUGUCGCGAUCGCGCUCAUGGAGCAUGGCCUCGACGUAAUCACAGCCGUCGAGCAUAUUCGCAAGGCGCGCCGCGGCGCGAUCAACCUGCGCCAACUCAAGUACUUGGAGAAGUACACUCCCACUCGCAAGAAGGACAAGUGCUCGAUCAUGUAG